ACAAAAAUCGGAUUUCUGAUAACACUAAGGCUAUUUUGGGCUUUUUGGACGCAUUAACAUUCAUGGAUGACUUUCUUCCUAAGAGAGUAAGUACCCUUCGUUGAAACAUGGCUUAGUUAUAAACUUCUGAAUCGGCAUAUUUCUUCACGUCCUUUCGCUUGGCAACGUACUGAACACCUGCUUGUUUAAUAAGUUUGUUCUCAAUUUUUUUGUUCAUCGGUAAAACAAAACUGGGAAAGAAAUUCAAGAGGGGAGGGGGGUUAGAAUUACUGGCCACUAUCAAAAGAAGUGAAUUAACCCAACAAAAUCACCAAAUUCACAAACCUUCAGCAAAACGAGCUUAAGGGGUAUGUAAAAUAGACACCUAAUGGCGAUAUUGAGGAACAUUUAAUUAUGUGGGUGGCUCUGCUAGUGGGUAAGAUGCUGUAAAGCGAAUCCUGUAUUAUGAUUAGCUCUACCCGUAUCUCAUCUGCUGAGAAUUUCCCAUCAUUCAUGAAAGAAUGGUUGAUGUUACUUAAGAGGAUAAUGGGCAGUAGGGAAUGAGCACAAAAUGGGAAAAUGAAAAAUGGGAACAAAACAGAGAAUUGGGAUAGGGCUAGGGUUCAAGUUAGGUUUUGUUCCCAUUUUAUAUUUUCCCAUUCCCUGCACUUGUUCCCCAUUUCCCAUUUUAGUAACAUCCUAAACCAUAUUUCAUAGUAAUGGAUAGUAAUGUCUGCAAAGCAGUACCGAUAUCCAUGUUCUUGUGCCCCAGUUGGUUCAACAAAUUACCAGAAACGCAUUUUGGACAUCCGUUCACCCUGAUUAGCAAAUUGACAAUUACCGUUUUAUUAGGCCAAUCAUGGCACGUAGUCAAAUGGUACACAGAUAGGGGAUAGAUAACUGUUUCACAGACGGACUUAAACAGAAGUUUAUAUAUGGCUACAAACAGUACUUUUACACUCAUGCUGUAUGUAUAUAGUUAUUUACUAGUCUUGAGUAAUUUUACUCAAAAUUUGUAAAAACUUAUCACUACAUGGCGCUUGAUGUAAUGAUAGUGUGAAAUUUAACUCCAGUUCUAAAAAUAUAAACUGUGCAAGGAUGCCCGAGCCACUAAUCCUGGUUCAUGUUUUCGGUAACUUAAAAAAUGUCCUACCAUUUCCAGUCCAGAUUCAGGCUUGAUUUUUGAAGGAUAGGUUAAACAAUACAUUUAUAUUCUAGUAAUGAUGAGAUAAAAUGUGAUCAAACAAUUUCUGAAGCUGCACAAGUGUGACACCUGCUUAUAACAUUGAAUUGUUCUGAAAAAAAGAUGAAAUUAUUUUUUGCUGCUCUAAAACCUAUCAGUUAAUUUUUAUUUAGGAUUCAACCAAUGGUGGUCAUUUCUUUGAAUUCAUAGAAAACUUCAAAUAAUUAUUGACAAAUUACUUACGUACAUCUUUUUGAAUCAUCCUCAAUCACCUGUCCUUUUAAGGCUUGCUGUACAAUUGCUCACAAGGAUUCAAUUUUUUUGCUUAUUCACAAAAAAGGAAUAAAAAGCUUGUCUUGUGAAGUCUGUGGGAAUCACCAGAUGGGUUCCAGUAUUUGUUCCUUUUGUGAUGUGUAGUUCUUAAGCAGAUAUCUUCUGCAGUGUGUUUCCUUAGUAACUUCAUUAUCUGGGCUAAAUGAUAAAGAACUUAAGUAUGACUUAAAGUGAAUAACUCAAUUGUACUUACUCUAAUUAUUUAGUUCUUUAGAUAGACCUCUUACAUUUGCUUCACUAGUCCAAGUGCAUUAUCCAUGUAUAAGCUUAAUGUGACCACAGUCAUUGAACAACUCACUUUUCACUUUUAGUUUCCCCACUUUAACCAUUGAUGGCCAACAAAGUUUUCCCUUUAGCAGUUUCCCAACACGAGAGGUUAAGUUUUUUAAUUUUUCAAAAUAUUUUUAAGUUGAUUUAAUGUUGUAAGUUUAUAUUAUGACCAUGGACUGGAAGAGACUAAACAUACAGUCUUGACAUACCGUACAUCUUACCCCAUACAGAAUGUACUAUUUCAAUGCAUAAAUUUCUUACCAUGUCUAAUGCAUAAAACAGUAAUGAUUCUUUUCCCCAUCAGGUUUGUAAUGAAGUGAACUGUCCUUCAAAGAUCUUAGCAAAGAACAUGCAAAAGUCUGUCCCCCUAAUCCUUGAUGAUCAGGGAGAUUAUAAAUAUUAUUAUAUUUUGGAUCACUGUAGACAAUUAGAUUGGUCUGUGACUCAGCCACCAGUUGGUGAUCUGGAAUCUCCUCCAGUGCCUGUGACGCCAUUUAUUUUUUUCCUUUUUCAUCACUAUUAUAUUUUACAUACAGGAGAGUAAGUGGAGUCCAACAGCUGAAUGAGUGGACAGAUAUCUUAGCACAUCUUGAAUUGCAUGCUCCUUCAUCAUCUGUUAACAAUUCUCUUGAAACUAAACAAACAAAAACUGAUGACUUAAAGCCAGAUAUGGCCAAGGUACAUGUUAAUAUCUUAAAUAUAUUAAUUAAAUCUUAAAUUACUUAAAUCAGGUAGCCUGUGAAAACAUCCGUUUCUCCUCGCUCUUCGCCGCUGGGGAGGUUUCGCGCGGAGGAACGUCUGCGACUCAGCGACAGAAAUUCCAUACUGAUGACGCAAAUCAAUGUUUACAUAAUAAAUCCGGUAGUCAUGGGGUUCCAAAUACAAAUUUGUCCAAUUCUAAGUGUCUUCUGGUCGAUUUUGGUAAAGUGUUGUGUUCAUCUGCCAACGAGCUCCAGCAAAACUCAAACGCUUCUUCUCGAGAACAGUAUAUUCUACAAAUAUUGACUGUUUUGCUUGAGAUUCUUCGCGUUUACAUUUGACCUUUGUGGCCUUUUGUCUUUUGUCUGUCAUUCGUAAACAAUAGCUAAAACAAUGUAGCUACUCCGUCGACCAAUCAGCGCUUCUGACCGGAUUCUGGACAGAUUUUACGUCAUCAGUAUGGAAUUUCUGUCGCUGAGUCGCAGACGUUCCUCCGCGCGAAACGUCCCCAGCGGCGAAGAGCGAGGAGAAACGGAUGUUUUCGCAGGCUAAAAUCAGGAAUCUCAAAUAUAAAUGUACAUACAGGGUUAAAAUAUGAAUUAAUAUAAAUAUAGACCUGAUUUUUCCUGUGUCCUCGUAGUGAGCAGGCAGCAGAGAAAAUAAUGCAAUUUAACUGUUACAAACUUCUUUCUUUAAAUAAUAAAAAUGUAAAUUUAACUUUAAAUAUUUUAACCAUAACCACAAAAGGCUAAUGGAACUGCCGUGAAGAAUAUUUAAGCAAUAGACCACACUUUCUAUGGGUUUAGCGGUGUGAUAACCCACGUGGGAUGUUGGGAGAACACAAAAAAAGCUUGUUUAUCUCGAACCGGAGGCGGGUGAUGCAGAAGCUUUUUGAGUGUUCUCCCAGCUACCAAGUGGGUUAUCAUGCGGGUAAAUCCAUAGAAAGUGUGGUCUAUUGCUUUUAUAAAAUAACUUUAAGUUUUCUGUUAGUUUACCGGCACAAUAAACCAUAGGUUUUUAACCAAUCGGAACGCGCAUACUAUCUUAGUUAUUUUAUAAAAAUAGAUAUGAUUGAACCAAUGGUGUGGUAACAUAAUUUGCAUUAUUGAAGGUUUAAAAAAACCUUCGCUCAACGUUAUCUUUUGUUACAGAAAAACUGAUGGGUUGUACUCUUUAGAAGACAUACAACAAAGUUAUUGUAGUGAUUGGUUUCUGAUUGUCAUAAAAAUUUAUAGACUUGCUUUAGCCCCUUGAGACUGUUUUUAGGACUUUUUCUAUACAUAUAAAACAUGCAUGGUAAUAGCUCAUGCUAGAACUGAUUAACUCUUAAUUCUAUAUUUCUGUCCAUGACUUUUACUUUUACUUUGAUGUUUGUAAGAUUGAAUUAAGUUUAUGUCUUAUAGUAUCUUUUUUUUUUCUAAUGCUUUAAUUUUAUUCCUAUGUCUCUUCUUUUGUUGUCUGCUUACCUACUGGGUAGCCUGCAGAGGAGAUGACCAGUUCCUACUCUGAUGAACAGUUCUUACUCAUUUCUCUUCCUACUGAUGCCGAUGUGGUAACUUUGGCAUGUUAAUGGCUAUUUACUUCUCCUUUCAGUUUCUUUCAAUGAUCUUCAAUUCUUUCAUGAUUCUAAAAAGAUUCUAUUUUGUGUGUGAUGUCUUUAUCUCUUAUCAACAAUAUUACACAAUGUAUUAAGAACUGCACAAAAUAUGAUGAUGUUCCAGUAAAACUGACCCUUAAAUUCAUGAGUGGAUUUAAGUAAAAAAGUGGCUUACUUAGCAGUAUUGCUAGCAAGCUAGAAAGAUCAUCUGGGAAGCUAGAAGAGCUUAACUGAUGCUCCAUUGCUUAAAAGCGUGUAUUGUUAUUAUUAUUAUAAUAUUAUUAUUAUUAUUAUUAGGAAGUCCGACAAGGCAGAAGAGCAGCUCAGAAUAUUCACUCCAAUCAAGAGGCAGAUGAGGAUGUAUUGGAUGCGUCUCUGGGAGACAUGACACUUCAAGCUAAUAACACAGCAGCUACAGCUGAACACCAUCAAGUAAAAUUCCAACUGCUUUUACAUAAUCUAUAUUUUUCGACACUCUCAUGAAAGCAAACUCUGAUGUUUCUUUCUCCUUUUAAUGCUGUAGUGAGAUACUGUAAUUUCUGAUGCCUAAUCCCACACCAACCCACCACUGAGCCAGGAUUUAUAAUCCUACUCCUUCUGAAAGAAGGUAAUUUUCAAUAGGUUGCAUUAAUUUUGUUUUGUAGCCUCCACCAAAACCCUCUAGAAGACAAGGAGGCUGGGCAGAUGACAUACCCAAAGAGAAAAAGAAAGGGUAUGGAUUAGACUAGCAUGAAUUAUUAUGUGGAAUUUUGAACUCUGCAAUUAAUAGCUUCAUCAUUAAAGAUUUGUCUCGCACUGACACUAUCUUGAUUAUUUUAUAAUUAUAUUUAAAUUUUCUUUCUUUGACAGGAGGAGGGAUGUUGAAACCUUUCAAGAAGAAGAGUAAGAAUUCCUUUUAUUAAAGGCUCAUUUUUACUGGGAAAUGUUUCUUGAAUAAAGCUAGUACGUAUAAACAAAAUUGUGUUUACCAUUAUCCUAUAAAUCACAUCAUUGAUACUAAGUCUUACAAAUGCAUUUUUUUCCAUUUUUGUUCAGUGAGAGACUCAAAAUGGACAAUACCGUAACACAGGAUGAUGAUGAUGGUGGUAAGAUUACCCUUCAAUGUCAACUAUUGUAAUGUGUAGUUAUGUCGUAAUAGUAAGAGUGUCAUUAGUUUGAAUUCUCAUGACAGAUGUACUCAGUACAGUCUUAUUGUCAGAUUUUAUAUUUCUUUCAGUUGAUAACAUUCUUGUCUGUGUUUGUGAAUUUUUAGACAUUCCUGUGAUACCUGAUUUGGAAGAUGUACAAGAGGAAGACAUGAUGACACAGAUUGCUGCUCCACCCAGGUUAUUAUAUUUUUUGUAUUACUCUCCCUUAGUUGUUUUAAUACUCUCCCAGGGCUCCUUACUAGCUUCACCUCAAACAAUAAAUACACAUGAUUGUAAUAUAAACAGUAAAAACCUAUUAUUAUGAGAGAGGGUGAUACUAAUAAACUUGUGGCCUCCUAAGUGUUUCCAACUAACUGGAGACGCUUUCCAGAUCAAACAUGUUGGUUUUUGAGAUUAAGGGAAAGCCAGAGUACUUGAAGAAAAACCUUUCUUUUUUACUUUUAUUUUAGUUUCAUCUUCGUUUUGAGGUCGGCAUGUGCAGUCAUUCCAAAUGCUUUUUCCCGAUUUAAUUUAUGCAUGUGAUUUCCAUGAGUUAUCAAUGGCGUGCAACUACUUUUUCAUUUUGUUAAUUUUUUAUUUUUUUUUGCUCUCAGUGUUCAGGUAAACAGGGUAGCGACUUACAAAGAACUGGACAGCUACUUCCAGAAACAAUCUGCACUCUUUAACGUGAACUUACUGGUAAGAGUAACGAAAUAGUGAACAUCCCAACCUGAAAUAAAUAAACAAAUUAUUAAUAUCUAAAUGAUGUAAAUAAAUUUGAUGUAAAACCAAAAAAUGAAUCACAAAGGACACAGACAAUACAGUGAACCAAUUAAAACUCAUUCUUUCAAAUAUUUUUUUCAGGAUGGAUAAAAAGUGACCUUUUAAGCAAACUUCGUAGUAAACGCUAAUGUUCUGUUCUUUCAAAUAUUUUCAGGAUGGAGAAAUUGACCUCAAACUUCUGACUAAUGUUCUGUCUCCAGAAACGGAAGUUUUCGAGGUAACGAUUAUGUACUUUGCUUAUCUAAUGUGUGUUUAAUUAAAGUUAGCCAUAUCAAGUCUGGUAACACUCAAACUGACGUUUAUAUAGCUCAAAGUGAUUAUCAUCCAGGUACUUGCCAGCUCUCUGCAAGACUGCAUCGUCAAUGACCACACAAAUUUGUGAAAUUUAAAAUAUUUGUAUGCUGCUAUAUAGAUAACACAAAAAAUAUAGUAGUGUCAGAUAGUAAUGUACCAUAGAGGUCAUUUGAAUAGGAAUCAAACAAGUAAACUAUCAACAGUUCUGAGCAGGGGGUGGAGGUUGUUUCAACUUGAGGUUUUUCCUUUGGUUUUGUAGCGUUAGCUUUGCUCUGUGUUCAUUUUAAAUGGAAACUUAUAUCAUGUGCUGUCCAACAUUCUGCCUAUCAGAAUGAAACCAUACCAACCGUAUUUUUCUGCCCUAGUAAUAAAAUUUUCUCCCACUAUUUCAAGUGACUACCCCGUGGGGCUUAUUUAUUUCAAGCCCACUGGAAGCGGGGAUUAAUAGAGACGGUGGGCUUAUUUAAUUUAGAAACGACGAUGGUAUCAGUUCUCCAUAAAGAACUAGAACACAAAGUGGAAAAGCUCAAGCACAAGACGUUUUAGGUCUUGGCAGCCGAGGAUCAGAAUCAAAUCCGAACUUCCAGUUGGUAAAUAAACCAUCCCGGAUCAGUCCACCCCGGUCUAUCAUUUAUUAGUGAAGAAUAUUUAGGGGAGGGGAGGGGAGGGGGGCUUAUUAACUUUCUUUCCAUGAAAAGUGGGGGGGGGGGGGCUUACCAGAGGAAGGGGGCUUAUUCGAGGUGGGGGGCUUAAUAGAGGAUUUACGGUAAUGCUGAAACUUUCUAAUUACUUUCCUUUCUCUUUUUUUAGGAGGACAAGCGGUGGGACUGGAACCGACUUUUCACUGAAGUUGCGUCUGAACUCCAGACGGAGUGGGACGAGGGAGGAGAGACAGGUGACUUGGAUGAUACCAAGUCAUAAACAAAGCCUAAUGCUUUUUUAGAACUCGAUAUAUUUAAGAGGUCUGCAGGGGCCAAGAGAUAAGAAAGAAAGUCUGCUAUUUAUUAAUGUGGAGCCAGGAGUCCAGAAAAAUGUAUAUACAUUCUGAUCACACUGCAUGUUAACUGAAGAAGAAGGCUUCGUGCUUAACAGGCUUGUAUAAAACGCGGAUGAUUCAAUUCAUUCGAAGUAAAGUUAUCCAAAUACGUUUUACAACUGCGUGCCCAGAAGCCUGAAAUUUCUCAGUGAAAAGUGAAAUUUUCCAGUAAAGCUGGGAAAAAGCAGAGGACAGUGUAAAGAAACAUUAUAUAAGAAUAAACAUUCUACCUAGCGUCACUCCGCCUUGCAAGCUGCCUUCCACGCAGGAUUCCUUCAGGGACACCCAACGAGAAUAUAGUUCAAAACCACAUAAACAUAGCAUUGUUGAACAUACUUUAGUAUUUAAACGGCAGAUAAAGGCUUAUUUUCAUCCCCUAAAAAUUUUUCAUCUGUUCGGAUUUCCUAGCUGAAAGUAUAGUGAUCCGAAAAUUAUAGGGAUCAAAAUUUACCUUUUCGAAAAUUUCAGCCAGAAAAAAGGCUCCCGAAAAUUCUAGGUGACCUUUAUAGGGUAAAAAUCCGUUAAAAAUGG